AGGUUAAACAGAUCGCUCACUCUUCACAGCGACUCAGUAGAGGCACAGGGGGAACGUUUGAGGACAAUUGACAGCUUUCGGAGACUGCUAUGACAUCUCGCAGGUGGUUCCACCCCAACAUCACUGGAAUAGAGGCAGAGCAGCUCCUGUUGACCCGGGGCGUCCACGGCAGUUUCUUGGCCCGGCCCAGCAAGAGCAAUCCAGGGGAUUUCACCCUCUCUGUUAGGCGUAAUGAUGAGGUGACCCACAUUAAGAUCCAGAACUCAGGCGACUACUACGACCUGUACGGAGGCGAGAAGUUUGCCACACUGGCCGAGCUGGUGCAGUAUUACACAGAGCAACAGGAUCUGCUGCGCGAGAGGAACGGCCAUGUCAUCGAGCUCAAGUACCCACUCAACUGCAAGGACCCCACCUCUGAGAGGUGGUACCAUGGACACCUCUCUGGGCGAGAUGCAGAGAAACUGCUCACAGACAAAGGCAAGGCUGGCAGUUUCCUGGUACGGGAGAGCCAGAGUAAACCAGGGGACUUCGUCCUCUCAGUUCUCACCAAUGAGGAGAAACACGAAAAUGUGGAUCGCAAGAUCAAGGUCACACAUGUUAUGAUACACUACCAGCAGGACGGUAAAUAUGACGUGGGUGGAGGUGAGAGGUUUGACACCCUGGCUGACCUGGUGGAUCACUACAAGAAGAACCCCAUGGUGGAGAAAAGUGGCAUCGUAGUGCACCUCAAACAGCCCUUUAAUGCCACAAGGAUAAAUGCAGCCAAUAUCGAGAACCGGGUACGAGAGCUCAACAAAGUAGCAGACAACUCUGAGAAGCCCAAGCAAGGAUUCUGGGAAGAAUUUGAGGUACUUCAGCAGCAGGAGUGCAAACUGCUGUAUCCCCGGAAAGAAGGCCAGAAGCCAGAAAACAAGAGUAAAAACAGAUACAAGAAUAUCCUCCCCUUCGACACAACUCGUGUGGAAAUCAGGGAAUCAGAUCCAGAUGUUCCUGGUUCAGACUACAUCAAUGCCAACUACAUCAGAAGUAUGCAUGAAGAGGGGCGCCACAUGAAGGAGGGCAAAGUCUUCAUCGCCACCCAGGGGUGCCUACAGAAUACAGUGAUUGACUUCUGGAAGAUGGUGUAUCAGGAGAAUACACACGUCAUCGUCAUGACCACAAAGGAGAUAGAGCGAGGACGGAACAAAUGUGUCCGUUACUGGCCAGACCUCCAUGCCACCAAGGAGUUCGGGAAGGUGCUAGUGAGGAACGUGGACGAGCGGCCAGCACAAGACUACAUCCUGAGGAAGCUGGAGGUGACCCAUCUGGACCGGAAGGAGCCUCUGAGGUACAUCUGGCACUAUCAGUACCUGAGCUGGCCAGACCACGGGGUGCCCAAUGAGCCUGGUGGUGUGCUCUGGUUCCUAGAGGAGGUCAACCGCACACAGAGCACCAUUCCAGACACUGGACCCAUUGUUGUCCAUUGCAGUGCAGGCAUCGGCAGGACAGGCACCAUUAUCGUCAUUGACAUCCUCAUCGAUGUUAUUAACCGCCAAGGUCUAGAUUGUGACAUCGACAUCCCUAAGACCAUCCAGAGGGUACGGCAGCAGAGGUCGGGCAUGGUGCAGACAGAGGCCCAGUAUAAGUUCAUCUACAUGGCUGUGCAGCAGUACAUAGACACGGCUCAGAAAAGACUGGAGGAGGAGCAGAGGAAUAAGAUGAAGGAGAGGGAAUAUUCCAAUAUCAAAUAUCCCCAGAUGACCAACUCAAGGUCCAAACCGAACAUGGCAUCCUCGCGCUCUUCUUCUGUGAUGACAAAUGAGGAUUCGUCGAGUGUGUACGAGAACAUAAACUUUAAAAGCCCUCAGACGCCUUUCAGCAGUAACACCAGGAGGUAAAACUGUCAGGACCUCCACCUCUCUCUGUCUGCCUCUUUUUUCAGUGGAGGUGUUGCUUCAUCAGCGCCUCGAAAAUCCCUUGGGGGAGGAGGGAGUGUGGUGCUCUAAUUAACCCCCUCACCAGUGGACCCUGCCCGGGCUGAAGGUGGCGAGCUGACUCCUCUCUUGCUGCCGUCCUGCUGGUCCUCUCUGUUUGGAGUAAAAACCUCACCUUCCAUGGAGAGGAGGACUCUACAGCAUAGCACCCGUGCUCAGUGCCUCUGUCCUCCCCCCGUUUCUCUCCCCCUUGCCCCAGUUUCCAGAGCUCCUCCCUCUCUUAACAAGCGAAAGUGCCUUGUCAGAGGAUGUGUCUGUAAUCUAGCCUUCCCAAACCUGCUCUUAAAUCUAUACUAUUUUCUACUACUAUUUUCCAAACCCUGGAAACCCAAGUUGACGUAGGAAACAACCUGUUUUUCCCUUGGAUGACGGAUACUGAACACGGAGUCUGCCCUGGCCUGAAAUGAACAGAGCUGUGCGGGACCCAAGAAGAGGUCAAAGCUAAGCUGUUUGUCCGCUUGUUGGCAGAAAUCACCGUGUUCGCUCUCUCUCUUCCCCUGUCUUUGCUGGCUGUCAUUUUGAACUCAAACCUAAGACUGUUUUUGCUGCGUUCUGUCUCUCCAGCUGUGGUGGUUAUUAAUGUGAAUGCAGAGUGAUAGGGAGGGCAGUUACAUAACCUGCUAAAGGAUCUUGAGGCACAGGAAGGGCAAGCAAGCCCUCUCUUCUUCAAAAAAAAAAAAUAAGUUGUCAUUUUAAUUUUGGGUGUAAAAGUGGAUUCUUUUUAUAUAGAUUUUUUGCAGAUUUGAUCGAUUUUCAAAGUGUUGUUCUGAAAGAGUUGCAUGCAAUCUCCUGUGCUGUUACAAAUGCAAAUCAGCUGUUCUGUUAUUGUUCUUUAACGGAAUAGGAGACCAUUUUUUACCUAUUUCUUAUGGUUACUUGGACAUACACAUCAGUCCUGUCUGUCCUCCGUCAUCUGAAAAUGGCCUCUAGUUGUCCCACUUUGAGUAUUUUUUUUUUUCUUAUCUUUUUUUCAGUCCUUUUAAUCAGUUUCUUUUCAUUAUUAUGCCUCUGCACCAGCGACAGCUGUGGCCGGAGGCAUUUUCAGUUUGUUUGUCCAUCCGUCCAUCCUUCCCAUUCUCGUCAAUGCAAUAUCUCAGGAAACGCCUUGACAGAAUUUCUUCAAAUUUGGCACAAACAUUCACUUCAACUCAAGGAUGAACUGAUUUGGUGGUCAAAAGGUUACUUUGACCAAACAAAACACAUUUUUGGCCAUUACUCAAGAAUUCAUAGGAUAAUUAUGACAAAAUACGCUUAAUACCUUUUAUUAAAUUCCUUCAAAGUCUUCACUACAUAUAUUAUAUGAGAAUGGACAGAUAUGGAUGUAAGCUGCAACUUGACUGGUUGGCAGAGGCUUAAAACCUCAAGACGGUAAAUCUAGUUUCUUGGUGUUUUUGUUGAUGCUGUUGGUUUCAUGGUUGUUUAACAUUUGAGAUGUUUAUUUUUUAAAUACAUCUAUAUUUAUAAAGGAGCAUAAUGGUGGUAGAGAUGAUAUU